GUAGGCCGUUGGAGAGACGUAGCCAGAAGCCAGCAAGCGAAUCUUCGAAAGAGCUCUCGUUCUUUUCUCCCUUCCUCCCGCCUCUAAAAAGAUUCCUCCCAAAUUUUUAGGGCUUUGGAGGGAUUAAAGGUUUGAGAAUUCAUUAAAUCUUGGCGUGGAAGAGGAUAUUUGUGCUCUGGUUUGAGUUCUUCGUGGGAAGAAUCCAGGAAUAAGCAUAACGACAGGUUCCAUUAAAGCGGCGGGUUUGGUGGAGUGUUUUUCAUGGAAUACUGAAUUCCAAAACUUUUCACGAUUCUGCUGGUGAUUUUGGAGCUGCUGCGGUGUAUGCGUAAAGAUUUGUGCCUCUGGGUUGAGAGAUUCAUUACAGAGGUAAAAUGGAGAAGUCUUUGUUGUCCAUCCUGCUGGACAAUCAGAGGGGUGGAGAGCAAUCCAUCCUUGCGACGUUAAAGUUUGCUAUUCUGCCAAUUGCAAAGGUCUUCACUAUGUGCUUUAUGGGGUGUCUCAUGGCCUCCAAGUAUGUGAAUAUCCUUCCUUCCAAUGGCCGUAGGCUUCUUAAUGGGCUAGUCUUUUCUCUCCUCCUUCCUUGUCUGAUAUUUUCUCAACUUGGAAGAGCAAUUACUCUAGAAAAUUUGUUGGAGUGGUGGUAUAUUCCUGUCAAUAUCCUUAUGGCUACAAUAUCAGGAUCCUUAAUUGGUUUUGUUGUAGCAUGUAUUGUUCGACCCCCAUAUCCAUAUUUCAAGUUCACUAUCAUACAUAUUGCAACUGGGAACAUCGGGAAUAUACCUCUGGUUCUUAUUGCAGCUUUAUGUCGAGACGAAUCCAAUCCAUUUGGUGACUCUGACAAAUGUAGCCAAGAUGGAAAUGCAUAUAUUGCAUUUGGUCAGUGGCUUAUUAUGAACAGAUGCAAAGUCAGGUUAAUAGCAUGUGAUCCUUUUUUUAAGGUUGGCGCAGUUGUUCUGUACACUUAUGUGUUUCAGAUGCUUGCUCCACCCCCUGAAGAAACCUUUGAUAGCCUUGAAGAGGAGAAGCUCCCAAUUGCAGCUCCUGUUAAUGCUGUUAAUAAUGCCAUACCUGAGCAAGUGCCAUUGCUAACUCCACAAAAGCCUGAGGCAAUAAUGUUAGAAUCUUCAAAAAGAGGAAAGAUAAUCAGCCAGCUGCACUAUCUUGUUGAAAAAUUGAAGUUAAAACGGUUUUUUCAGCCUCCUAUAAUUGCUUCGAUGCUGGCAAUUGUUAUUGGAACCAUACCUUUCCUAAAGCAAUUGAUCCUUACAGAUGAUGCUCCAUUUUUCUUUUUCACUGACAGCUGUCUCAUUCUCGGGGAAGCCAUGAUCCCGUGUAUUUUGCUUGCUCUGGGUGGGAACCUUAUUGAUGGUCCAGGUGCAGGAACUGCAAAGCUUGGAUUCCGUACAACUGCUGCUAUUGUAUUUGCACGGUUGAUCUUGGUUCCUCCAGCAGGGCUUGGCAUUGUCACUUUAGCUGAUAAGCUAGGAUUCCUCCCAAAGGGUGACAAAAUGUUCAAAUUCGUCCUUCUACUCCAGCAUAGCAUGCCAACUUCUGUGCUGUCUGGUGCAGUUGCCAACUUAAGAGGCUGGGGAAAGGAAUCUGCUGCUGUCUUGUUCUGGGUUCACAUUUUUGCAGUAUUUUCCAUAUCUGGAUGGAUUUUGUUGUAUUUGGGCUUACUCUUCUAAAGACCUCACUCGUCAUUAUGUUGGUAUCAUAUGGAAGCACAAAUAGAUUCAUGCACCUGGAGUUCAGAUUGUACAGAUCAGAUCUGAAGAACUGAAAAUAUGCGGAGAUCUGGUUUGAUGGUAGAGAGAUCAUCCAGAGUAUGAGAUUUAUGGGUAUGCAGCUAGCUUCAGGGACAGUGGCCGCUAAUAGUUAUGACACAGCCUACACAGCCCCUAGCUUCAGGGACACCGUUCCAUGUCCCAGCAUCUGUCUCUAGUAAUUAUAUUUAUCCUCUGUUAUUUCAAUGGCUAGUUUUAGUAUCAUUCCUGGUUCUGCUGCUUGAGCUUCACCAAACAUUACACACCAUUCAUCAGUAUAGUACUCGUGUAUAUUCAUUCUUGUUUUUUGUUAUAUUAAUUAAGUUGAUGUAUUGAUUGCAUUAGAAUUCUUGCAGUGACACAACAAGCCUUUUGUAUUCUUACAGUGAGAUGAAAGCAUUUUGUGAUAUUCUAAUAGCAACCUGAACGUUUAGUCCCAUCUAUUUGGGGUGUCAGUUUGGGUAUCGGGGUGCAAAAUUGUAAAUUUGAACAGAGUUGAAAUCUAUAAUUGAUUUUCUGAAA